GCCCACUGUGACAAAGAAAUUAGAAAAGCCCAAGCCUGCGUGGGAAUCUAUCAUUGUCGAACACAUACAUUCAGAAAAACCCUCACUCACUGUCACCCCCUUCCUUCCUCGCAAACCCAAUCAGAAACGCCGUCGUCUCCAUUCUCCGGCGACUCAGUGAACGAAACCAUGGCUCCGAAUCUCGAGUGUCGCAUGUACGAAACCAAGUACCCGGAGGUAGACAUGGCGGUGAUGAUUCAGGUCAAGAACAUCGCCGAUAUGGGUGCAUACGUCUCCCUGUUAGAGUACAACAACAUCGAAGGGAUGAUCCUGUUCUCGGAGCUCUCCCGCCGUCGGAUUCGGAGUGUCAGCAGUCUCAUCAAGGUGGGUCGCAUUGAGCCGGUGAUGGUCCUCCGUGUUGACAAGGAGAAGGGUUACAUCGAUCUCAGUAAGCGUAGGGUUUCUGAAGAAGAUAUUCAGACUUGUGAGGAGAGGUACAACAAGAGCAAGCUCGUUCACUCCAUCAUGCGCCAUGUUGCUGAAACCCUAAACAUUGAUUUAGAGGAGCUGUAUGUUCACAUUGGAUGGCCUUUAUAUCGCAAAUACGGUCAUGCUUUUGAGGCAUUCAAAAUAGUUGUGACUGAUCCUGAUUCUGUUUUGAAUCUUCUAACUCGUGAGGUUAAGGAAGUUGGCCCUGAUGGGCAAGAGGUGACCAAGGUGGUACCUGCUGUAUCUGAAGAAGUGAAGGAUUCUCUUGUGAAGAAUAUCAGAAGGCGGAUGACUCCCCAACCUUUGAAAAUUAGGGCGGAUAUUGAAAUGAAAUGUUUCCAAUUUGAUGGAGUUCUUCACAUCAAGGAGGCUAUGCGUAAGGCUGAAGCUGCUGGAAAUGAUGACUGCCCUGUGAACAUUAAACUUGUUGCGCCCCCACUUUACGUUCUUACCACACAGACCCUUGACAAGGAGCAAGGAAUAUUGGUUCUCAACAAUGCCAUUGUUUCUUGCACUGAAUCAAUAGAGAAACACAAGGGUAAACUUGUGGUGAAGGAGGCAGCCAGAGCGGUGAGUGAGCGUGAUGAUAAAGUGAUUGCGGAGUACAUGGCUAAGCUACGCCAAGAGAAUGAGGAGGUGAGCGGCGAUGAAGAUAGCGAGGAGGAAGAAGACACAGGAAUGGGUGAGGUUGAUGUGGACAAUGGCUCUGUUAUAACAGAGUAGUUGGUUGUGGGUAUAGCGAGAAAUAGAUAGUAGCACAGGACGCCUUUACUAAUUUUGUCCUUGAUUGGUUUCUUUUUAAACUCUUUUGAUGCAGUUGUAUUACACAUACUCUGUUAAAUUAUUGUAUGUUGAGAAGCGAUUUUGGAGUUUCUUGCAUAGGGUGUUCAACCCAAACUGAGGAAUUUUCAGAAAUUCUCUUA